AUGGCUGGCGCCACUCAGCUGGUUGUUACCGGUGCCUUCGUACGAGCCUCGCUAUCUCUGGCUGCCUAUCAGCUGCGAGCAGCUAGGAAACGACCGGAAAGUACGUCUCGUCGAGGCUCUAAAAAAAAACUCGCCGAGAGGAAAAGAUACCCCGGCAGUGGCAUGGCUCAUCGGCGCGUUGGCAGGCGCAGUUUAGGCAUUGAAACGUUGUACGCUUCGUUUAUUUGAGGAAGAAGUUUCUGCCAGUGGGUUUCUCG